AGAGGCAGGAUGGAGGAUUUGGGUAAGCCGGGUCCCUCUGGCGCUGGGGAGGGCUGAGCUGGCCCGGUGGCCAAGCUCGCCGUGGGGUCCUGUCCUGGUGGGCUGGGGAGCCUCAUCUUCCUUGCAUUGCUGGGGCAGGUGGGGAUGGCGCGAAGGGGACGGCAGCAGGGCUGCUCCUCCAUCUCGGGGAACAGACGGGCGGUUGAGCUUUGCCAAAAAUGGAGAGUGCUCAAAGGCAGGAAACGGGCUUCAGUGACGGCGCAAUCUUGUCUGUGCACAGUGGGGCCCAACAGCCUGCUGAGAAAGGCGGCACCAUGAUCAGGGGUGCUCUGGCCCCAGGCGGGGAGAUGGGGCCCAGGGGGCAGCUGCGCUGCUAGGGGUGCCUGUCGCCAUGUCCUGCCAUGAGGGUGGCAAGCUGGAAGUAGAAAGGGCUUUGUCCUCUGUAAGGAUCCCACCACUCUGGGGCACGGGAAGCACCAAGGAUGCGUUGCUGGCAGAGCUGGAGCAGAGCUCCCAGCCGGCUCCCACGAACUGCAUGUUGCUGACACCCAGCACCAGGCAGCAGGACGCACCUCCAGACAAGCCCCCGGCCCCCAGCAGCCAGAAGCCACUUGCCUCGGCAGCCCCGAAGGUGCCACUGCCACCUCGGGCUCAGCCUUCAGGCAAAAGCUUGGAAACUGUGUACAGCAGCCCCAUGCCGACCCCACAACCACUGCCUGCUUCGCCUGAACCCACAGCGGCCGCCCGGCAGCUGGAUGAGCUUCUGGCUGACCUGGGCCAGAUGCAAAGCAAGCUGGCAGCUGUGGGGCAAGGAGCCGGAGCACCGGUGGGCUCUGCACACUCGCUGGACCACAUGCUGGGUGGCCUGACGCGGGACCUGCAGGAGCUGGGCAUCACUGCUGCUCCUGCUGCCGUCUGUGCCGCCUGCCACAAGCCCAUCGCCGGCAAGAUGUUCACGGCCCUAGGUGAAACCUGGCACCCCGAGCACUUCACCUGUGCCCGCUGCGGGCAGGAGCUGGGCGGACAGCCCUUCUUUGAGCGCGGGGGGCAGGCGUACUGCGAGGAGGACUACCACCAGGCCUUCUCCCCACGCUGCGCCUACUGCGCUGGCCCCAUCCGCGAGAGAGUCCUCACCGCCAUGGACCAGACCUGGCACCCCGAGCACUUCUUCUGCGCCCACUGCGGGAAGGUGUUUGGAGAUGAUGGUUUCCAUGAGCGCGGUGGGAAACCCUACUGCUUCCAGGACUUUGUGGUCCUCUUCGCCCCCAAGUGCCAGGGCUGUGAGCGGCCACUGACGGACAACUACCUGUCGGCCCUGCAGGGCGUCUGGCAUCCUGAGUGCUUUGUCUGCGCGGACUGCUUGAGCAGCUUCACCAACGGCUCCUUCUUCGAACUGGAGGGCCGUCCCUACUGUGAGCUGCACUUCCACCAGCGGCAGGGCAGCGUGUGCCAUGGCUGCGGGCACCCCAUCACCGGCCGCUGCAUCACAGCCGCCGGGCGCAAGUACCACCCCGAGCACUUCAUCUGCGCCUACUGCCUGAGCCAGCUGCACAAAGGCACCUUCCGCGAGCGUGGGGACAAGAUGUACUGCCAGGCCUGCCAUGACAAGCUCUUCCUUUGAACUCCAGGCUCUGUGCUUCUAGGAGCUGCUGCUCUGCUCGGCUUCCCUAUCAUCAGCACCAGGAGCGUUGCCCCUGCCAAGCCAAACAUCCCUAGGAUCAUAUCCCUCUCAGCAUCCCCAGCAUUGCCCCAGCUGAAGCAAACACCGCCUCUUGUCCCACCCCUCCACAACUACGGCAUGGUUCCUUUCACACGCGACAGCCCUGGCAUUACACCCACAAAACCCCAGCUUUCACUCGAGCAGCCUUCCCUCAGCCACUUCUCUUACAGCCGCCGUUGGUGCCAGAUUAAAAACAAAACAAAACCA